AUGAACAAACCUGAUAUAGAGAUUAGGAUGGAGGAAAUAGAUGUGAAUCUUCCGGAAGAAUUAGUGAUAAACAUAAUCGCAAGAUUACCACUACAAAGUAUUGUUAGAUUCAAGCUGGUGUGUAAAGAAUGGAAAUCACUUAUGGAGUCUGCAUUCUUCCGUGAUCUCUACCAAAGUAAUUCCAAUUGGUCGAUCCUUCACGGAAGUUAUAGAUGUAUAAAUUCUUGUUUGGAGGAAUUAGAACUCAAUCUUCACGGAAGUGAGUCAUGCCAUGGUAAUUCUCAAUAUUGGUCUUUUCCAAGUGGACUGAUCCAUAAGUAUACUCAAAACAACAAUAAGGUCAAAGAGAUUUGGGUUGUCGCUUGCGCUGAUGGGCUGGUUUUGAUAUGUCUACUCGAGGAGGACAUAACGAAACGUUACUACAUUGGUAAUCCUGUGUUAACACAAUGGGUUCAACUAUCUUCUCCUCCUUAUCUUCCUCAAUACCGUUAUCAUUUCAUUGAUUUGGGACUUGUCACACGAAUGCACAAUGGUGCCCUCCUAGGUUACAAGGUGAUUCGAGUAUAUAGCGAAGCACGACACCUGGCUGUUUCUAGAACCUGGACAUUUCAGAUUUAUUCGUCGGAUACGGGAAAAUGGAGUGUUCAACACGUCUCUUGUCCUGGUCAAGGUGUGUCACCACUGACAUCUAAUCCCGUUUCUUUGAAUGGGAAACUUCACUGGUUCCAUGAGUCCCGUCGUAUUAUGGUUCAUGAUUUCUUCUCUCAUGAUGAUCAAGUGAGGGAAAUAUGCAUACCCGCCAGGAUGCUAGGCAGUCGGUGGCAUCGAGAUGACCGUGGAAGCUGUAUAAGACAUGGUUGUGCCUCUCCAUGCAAUAAGAUAAUCUGCACCACCUCGCAAGGAUAUUUUGUGCUUAUUGAAGCUGGAUUGAUAGACGAGGUCAGAAGCUAUAAUGUUAGGCUUUGGAGACUCAAGAGCGAUUCGUGGAGUUGGGAAAAGGCACGGGAAAUCAACAUGGCAUGUGUGGGGCUUGGCUUUAAAUGUGUUCCAAUGGCAAUCAACUAUUUUGAUAUCGACAUCAUCUACCUAUGGGACUUAGACCGCCAAUGUUUCGUCAUUUGUAAUCUUCGAACAAAUACAAAAUAUUAUGGAGGUCGUAAACGAGGUGCCCCUAACAAGGAAUGUACUAUAUGCUACGAGUCACGUUCGUGCCUUUCGCAAUUUGUUCCAUCCUUGCAAAUUGUACCUACAUAG